CUCUGUGAUUGCGGUGAUGUGUCUGUUAUUCAAAGACCCCUGUCCUCCCUCCCUGUCCUCCGUCUGGCUGGGCAUCUGCGAUUAGGACUCCUGCUCCAGAGUCCAUGGAUGGGGACCUGCGGCGAUUUGUGAGGAGCAACUAAGAGGCCAUGAUUGACUGGCACAAUGGCACAGCACCCGGCCAGCAGGAAGUCGAGAGCAGCGCUCAGGAGAGGUCAGAGUGUGUGCUGGCUUACAUCCCUGUCGUCUACUACAGUACUCUGUUGUGUGUUGGAGUGCCAGUGAACAUCCUGACGUUGGUGGCUCUUUACCGGCUGGCUGUUCGUACUCAGAAGGCCUUGUACGUGUAUCUCCUUGCUCUAACCGGCUCGGAUAUCCUCAGCCAGCUGUUCAUCAUCUUUGUGGGCUUCCUGUUGGAAACGGCUGUGUUUCAUCGAGACGUCCCUGUGCUGCUGCUGAGGUCGGUCAGUAUGAUGGAGUUUUCUGCCAAUCACGCAUCUAUCUGGGCUACCGUUCCUCUCACGGUGGACCGCUACGUCGCUUUGUGCCACCCGCUGCUCCACCGGCAGAUCAGUUACCCUGCACGGGCCCGGCGGAUCAUCGCAGUGGUGCUCACAUUGGCGCUGGCGUCCGGCGUGCCUUUCUUCUGGUGGUCGGACAUGUGGAGGGUCAGCCGUGCGCCCAACAGCUUGGAUACCGCCUUGAUUUGGACCCACGUGACUAUUAUUUACUUCCUUCCGUGCUGCAUCUUCCUGGUACUAAACUCUUUAAUCAUCCUGAGGCUCCGGAAGAGACAGCGACAGCAGAUGUGCCAAGACGAGAGCGGGCAGCAGCUGGCAGUGCCAAGCAAGCUGGGUAAAACCACAGCAAUGCUCUUAGCAGUGACUUCUGUGUUUGCUGUGCUGUGGGCGCCUCGUACCGGAGUGGUACUCUACCAUCUCUAUGUGUCAUCGGUGCACAAUAAUUGGCGGGUACAUCUAGCAUACGACUUAGCCAACAUGUUAGCCAUGCUAAACACUGCAGUGAAUUUCUUUCUGUACUGUUUUGUCAGUAAACCCUUUAGAGGGGCGGUGAGGGACGUCCUGUUGUUCCGGGGGGCGCCUUUGCACCCACGCCGCCCCCUACAUCACCAGCGCACUGCUGCCAAUGCUUCCACCUCUUCUAUUUCCAGCUCCAAACGUUCCCAGCGAGAGAUCACCCCUCUCUCUCCUAAAAGGGCAGACAUCAAGAUAUAGUCCUGCUUAAAGGGAAAGUUCCAACCUGGUCUCAUAAAAAUAUGUACCUCUGUGCACUUUUUAUGUUACCCCGUUUUUUAAAUGUCUUAUUGCACGUUUCGCCACAGAAAUGUCCACUGAGGUGCGCUAAAACACAGGCACAUUUUUAUUAUUUUGAUUUAGGUAUGUAUUGCGGCGGUUCAGAAUUGAAAUAUCCGCGGACUGUCUCUAAAGGUUAAUGUUCCGUCAUAUUGGAAAUAUGCCUUUCACAAAAUCCAGUUCUAAACCUAUACCCGAAAACAAAUGCAAAACUGAUAUAAAACACAUUUGUUGAUGCAGUCGUGCCUUUUCAACUUCCUUUUAUACAGAUUUUAAAUGUUUUGUUGAACCGCACAGGAUUUGAACCUCUCAAGUACAUCUCCGUGCGUCAUGAGCUACCGAACAAACCUAAUGUCUUUGAAAACCCAUAAAUAAGAAGCUGGAUAUUCAUGAGAAACUGUAAUGUUAUGUACCCGUUGGUACGUUUUUUGUGUCUUGCUAAAAAGUGCACCCAGGUAUGUUUAUGCCAUGAGACCAGGUAGGAAAGUUCACCAAAAACAUUUAAAUUCUGCUAUUUUUUAAUCACUUACAUGUUGUUUCAACCUGUAUGACUUUUCUUACUGUCCAUAGAGUGAAAGACAAUAGGGUACACUCUUAAAAAUAAAGGUGAUGCCAUAUAAGAACCUUUUUUGUCUUAAUGGUUCCAAUAAGAACCUUUAAUAUCUGAAGGUUCUUUAGGUUUAAAAAGGUGAAAAAGAGAUGGUUUUUUAAUGAACCUUUGACUGAAUGGUUCUUUGUGGAAAACCAAAAAAAUGGUUCUUCUAUGGCAUCACUGGGAAGAAUUAUUAAAAGUGCACAGUGUGGUUUUUAACCCCAUUGAAUAUCAUUAUUUUGACAAAAAACACUAUUAUUUGGAAUAGCUUCUUUGAUGUUCUGAAGAAGAAAGAAUACAGCUUUGAAAACACUUCAGGUAAAAAACCCCACAACUAAUAAUUAUCCCCUUACCUACCCAGCUGAUAGAUUACAUUGAUAAUUGCAAACAUUUUUUGCAUUACAAGUUUUCUAAAAUGUUAGGUUUAGGUUCAUUGUUUUAUGAAAUAUGCAAUCAUUUGUAUGCAUUUCUAGUACGAAAUCUAAACACUGGAUGAUGUGAGUUUCAGAAUUCUUGUUUACUUUAAUCAGAUAUUUUAGUCUAUUUUAGUCAUUUUGGAUAUAAAGUUUCCACUCCAUAAUUUAGAAAAUGCUUACAGUGGACAGAAAACACUCUGACAAUUUUAGGGGGAUUAAAUAAUCAAGAAAAUUAUAUAUGAACAGAUCCCCCUGUCAAAACCUUCAGGACAUAUACAGGAAUAAUAAUGUAAAUUUUGGUGCGUGUACUGUAGUGAAUUUAUGUUUAUGGGUCAGUGUAGGAGGAAAAAACUCAUUUUGAGACAUUGCUACUGACACAAACAGAUAAAGUGCUAUAGAACACCUGACAGGUGAAAGUAAAAACUGUGUGUUUUGCCUGCAAUGCAUCCCCUUCCAUGAGUAAACAGUGACAGAAUUUUAAGCCCCAACAAAAGAAUGGUAAGAACGUUUCUAGUUAGAUUCUAGUUAGUGGCUUUUAUAGAUCCAAAAGUAAAAAAUGUGGUCACAUGCAAAAUGUUGCAUGCAAAAAAGGUGCAUUGAUUAUUGUCAAUAGUGUAGCGAUGAAGCACAGCUCUCCUUUAUAAUUUGACAUAAUUCUAUAGGGAACUUUUUCACCUUCACUCGUAAUUGCAGAGAUUUCUAUUGCAUUCACUGGAUUUCUGCAGGGAAAUUAUUCCCACACAAUAAACUAUCCUCAUAACGCACAGUCUAGCAUCCAUUCAUGCUAUAACGUGCACCACAGGUACUGUUAAUCUGAAUGCUGUCUUAUCUGACCUCUGGUUAGUGACCCCAGAGAUCACUGUUUAUGGUCAUUAAACAAAAGCCUAAUAAUAUUAACUUUGUCUUGCUGCUAAGACAAAUAAGCUUUGCAGGCAUCAUGAAUAACCAAGACAUAACCAUUCCAGAAAAGAUUGUAUUUUGUUCUGCAGAGCUUACUUGUCUUUUGCACUGAUCUGCAUAUCUGUGUUAUUUAUUGUCCUGUCCUCUGCGGGGAUAAGAAAACAUACUACAGUAUUUAUGAAACAAAGAUAUUUGGCUCAUCAAAUGAGUACUACUACAUCUGAUCAUUUUCUAUAAAUGGCAAUCCUUUCAAGGAAUAGGUUGAAAUAUGAAUAUUCCGUCAUCAUUUAUACACCUUUUGUGUUGGUGUUGGUCCAAAGACUUACUUUCUUCUAAAAUAUAGUUUGGUGGAACAUACUUUUGUAUAUAAUGAAAUGGUGGUGUAUAAAAUCAAGCACCACAGUGACAAAAAAGCAGCAUAAAAGUAUCAUAAAACUGUUGUAAGGUGUUUUAAAGCCAAGAGAUAGCUUUGUAUGAGAAAAAGCUGAAAUGCAAUUUAUUAUAUGAAAAAAAAAAUUCUUUCUGUAAAUUUGCAUUCAUUCGAAUAUGACACUGACACAUAUUACAUAAGUUUUGACAUGUAUGAUGAUGGUCAUGUCACAUUGACAUUAAUAACAGGGCGCUUUUUACCUUUGCUAGAGUGAUUAUGCAGAGUAAAUUAUGACUUUCUUUUUGAGCAAACUAUUCCAUUUAAUUGUUGUAUUUUGAUAUUGUAAGAAUGUGUCAUGUAUUUAGUGUUUCUGUAAACGUUGCUCAUAUUGCAGAUUAAUGAAUUUCUUUAAACACAUACAAUAGUGUCUCACAAGAUUUGUCUCAAUAAUCUACUAUAACUAUCAUUCCAUACCAUAAAAUAUUUUUAUUGGUAGAUUGGAACUCAUCCGAAAUCUACUCAAGACAUUAAUGCACUAAAGACUACAUAAUUUCCAUUCAGAUCUAAUUAGUAUGUCAGUUUAAGAAACAGUUCCAUAAAGUUCAUAAUGACCUUUCGUGCAGCUGUAGGUUAUGUUGCAUGACUAAAUUAAACCCUUUCAGAGCCCAUCCAGUGAAGCAGAGCAAGAUGGUUGACCUUUUUAACCCCAGUGUGCAAACUGCAGACGCUAGCUUAGCUGUUUAUUUUCAGUGCAUGGUGACUGGAUGAGGCUUUAAAAGGGGUUUCGACGUGGGAACACAACGAGUGAAGACACCACUGUACAAACAGACCCAUCUGAGGAGCUUAGGCUUUGCUGAACAAAGCCAGCCUUGGGCCUCUGUGCACCCAUGCAGCAACAGCAGAUAUUUCCAUUUGCUAGAAUUCACCAGCAUCACCAGAGACGCGCUGGGGUCAGUUAUAUUACUCUGCGAUUUGUAAUCUGAUCAGAUAUCGAGCAGCACUUGCCGGCAUGUACUCAAUGAGAACAGAUUCAGAUCUUCAGGUCAAUCUAAAUGCAAUGAAAAAAUGUGUUUUACGCUUGUUUAAAUUAUUUUUUUCUACUUUAAAAGCCUGUUUUCCAGUUGAGUUUAAUCUGAAUAAAUAUGAUGGAAGAGAAUAAAUUAUAUUAGUCCUUGACUGUGCAAAAAAUGUGUUUAGAAGACCUUUUUAUGACUAAUGAUUUAAUGAAGCAUGUGUUUGACUAAAAGGCACAUUGGAAGCUUUAAUUGAAUUAUUCUGGUGAAUGAAAGCAUUUAAACCUUUCGGUCUAAAAAACAAACACUAACUCACUUAUUAUCUGGAGCUUUGGUAAUGAAGUCUUCGCUUGUCCUUUUAGUUCACUUGUGUUUCUCUGCACUCGGAGUUGCCUCUUUUUUUUUUCUUUCUUGAUCUCUCUCUCCCUUCUCAAUCAUGAGAGGGAGCCUCUGGCCCUGCAGAUGUUAUCAGAUGUUGUCUCUUUGAAAAAAGAGUCCCCCCGCUGCAUCACAAACACAGAUGCCUGAGAAGAAAGCACGUCUAUCGUUACAGCCUUAAUACGAGCAGACGGCUGACAGCGCAAGAAAGAGUUUGAAUAUUUAAGACAAUAAAUAACCUGCUCUGUUUGAGGUCAGCUUCAGAUUUGCUUAGCCUAGCGCAGCUGCCGAAGAUUGUUUUGUCCUUGCUAUGCAUGCAAUUUUGCCGUUUUACCUACAUUACAUCUGUUCAGGUUAACAUGAAAUGACUUUCGUAACCCUGUCAACAAUUUGAUGGAUGAUUUACAUAAUAUUUUCUCUCGGAAACGGCUAAUGCAUUUCACUGAUAAUUACAAAGAAAAAGCAAGUAAUGCAUUGAAUAAAACAUUAAAUUUAGUUGAGAGGGGAAAGACUGAGAGUAUUUGCUUGUAAAACAGACUCAAAUAUUAAAAAGUCAAUAAAAAAAUAGUUUCUUCACUGUAUAUUUUGAUACUACCGCUUGUUUUUUUCCCACCCUUCGGGAAUUAUUUGGAUUAAGAAAUGUAGGAUUUUUAUGCCAGAGUUUGCCGUCAGUUUCAAUAUAGUGUGGAUCUAAAAGUAAAAAUGUUUUCUAACUGAACUGUCUCAUAAAUGUCUCAUAAGCAAGGAUGACAGAUGGCGUCUUACUCAAAUCGCUAAGAUUAAACCUUUUUUUUUUAAACUUUACUUUUGAUUAAUGUGCACUAAAUCAUGCACAGUAAGACCAGCGAUGCAUUACGAAAAUAAAUGGGGUUAAAACAAGUGAUUUCAUGUUGACUUGAAUUUUUUAAAUGACCUACGACACAUAAAUGAAAUGAAUGAAAUUAAAACCAAUGGUGAUGUACGGCAGAUUAGGACUGCCUACCUGUUUAUCAAUUAUGUAAUGUGAUAUACUGUAUUUUGAACAGAAGAACAGAAAUCCCCAGAAAAAAGGCAUGUGGCACUUGCAUGAUACUUCCUCUUAAAGGUUGCGUCGUUGCUCAUGGUUUACAUUGUGACACGCAAGCUUUCCUUCGGUUGUGAUAGUGAACAUGUGCACUGACAGCUGAUAAAUUAUUUUAGCAUUUUGAUCAUACUGAUCGGAAAUUAAAUGUAUGUGAGGAUCUAUUUAUGUAUCUGAAGACCUUGAAAAUAAAAGCACUCAAAGCUUGUUGCA